AUGGCUGAACAGGUCGAUGUACUCAUCUGUGGCUGCGGGUCUGCGGGGCUCUGCGCAGCGGUCUGGCUAUCACGCUGCGGCAUCAGCUACAAGAUCUUGGAGCGCCGAGAUGGCCCGCUCGAGAAUGGCCAAGCAGAUGGCGUACAGUGUCGAACCGUGGAGAUAUUUGAGAGCUUUGGCAUAGCCGAGGACCUCUUGAAGGAGGCAUACCAUGUGCUUGAGGUAGCCUUCUGGGCAGCAGAGGGCGAGGGCAUUAAACGCACUCACUAUACAGCGGACACGGAGCCAGGCUUGAGCCACCAGCCUCAUGUCAUCCUAAACCAGGCAAGGAUUAAUGGUAUGCUGAUUGAAGAGAUACAGCGGGUGUCCGGAAGCGCGGCGAUUGAAUACGGAUGCGACGUUCAAAGCGUGGAAGUCGAUGAUAUUGUUAACGAAAGCAGCCGCGUUACCACCAGGGCGGUUUCUAACGGACAACAGAAGGUCUUCCAGUCUAAAUAUGUGUUGGCCUGUGAUGGAGCACACAGCGCGGUCCGGAAAUCCCUGGGCAUUGCCAUGGUCGGCGACUCAACGAAUGCCAUAUGGGGUGUCAUGGACCUUCACGCCAGAACAGACUUCCCCGACAUCCGCAAGAAGGCAAUCAUUCACUCACGCGCCGGCAACCUCAUGAUCAUCCCCCGCGAAGGCGACUCCAUGGUCCGCUUCUACAUUGAGCUCGGUGAUGCGGCGGUCAAGGACAUCACGCUGGCCGACUUGCAGGAACGGGCCCGUCGAAUUUUCCACCCCUACUCUGUGGAGUUCAUGAAGACGGUCUGGUGGUCGGCAUACUCGAUUGGCCAGCGCCUGGCUGACAACUUUGCCAAGGCCGGGCGCAUCUUUCUAACGGGUGAUGCUUGCCAUACGCAUUCGCCAAAGGCCGGACAAGGUAUGAAUGUGAGCCUGCAGGAUGGCUACAACAUUGGCUGGAAGCUGGCAUCAGUUCUACGGCGCCAGUCCUCUGCCUGUAUUCUCGACACAUAUGUCUCGGAGCGCCAGAAAACGGCCGCGCAGCUGAUCGAGUUUGACCGAUUCUUUACAAAACUAUUCUCCUCCUCUUACCGACAAGAGAAUGGAAUCUCUUCACAGGACUUCAAGGACCAAUUUGUCAAGGCAGGCCGAUACACAGCUGGUCAAGGCGUGAGAUACGAAAAGUCUCUCCUUGUAUCUCCCAGCCCGACAGACGAGGGCCUAUCUCAGGGCGUCAUCGUCGGAAUGCGCUUCCCCAGCGCGCAGGUUGUCCGGUUCUGCGAUGCCCGCCCUAUCCAGUUGGUGGCAGCACUGUCCGCUGAUUCUCGGUGGCAUGUCGUUGUGUUUUCGGGAGACAUCUUGCAGCAGACAGUAGCCGCCAAGCUCUUCAAAGUUGCAGUAGAACUGCAGGAAAUCAUCAAUACCUUUACACCAAGUGGUCAGGAACCCAAUUCUGUCAUCCAAGGAGUGCUUGUGCUUGCAUCAAAGCGUACCAAGGUUGAACAGAACAUGAUUCCCGAUGUGUUCACCCCGUUAACGGGAAAAUGGAAGAUCAAACAUCUUCAAAAAGUCUUCGUAGACGACGAGAGUUACAAUUCAGGGCACGGGAAAGCAUACCAGGCAUACGGCAUUCAUCCUGAGGGAUGCUUGAUCGUCGUUCGCCCAGACCAAUGCAAGUGA